AUGACAACUGCUCAUCGACCAACAUUUCACCCCGCCAGAGGUGGUACGGGUAGGACAGAGGGAGAUCUGUCAAAGCUUUCACAGCAGUACUCGUCGAAAGAUAUGCCAUCACAUACGAAAUUGAAAUAUCGACAAACUGGACAGGGCACAGAAGAGGAGCUGAGAAGACGAGACUUGAGGCGUGAGCUUGAAGACAAGGAGAAGCUGGCAUCGAAAGACAGACGUAGUCGCGACACUGCAACUUCUGGUUCUAGUAGCAAAAGAACGAGAUUUGAUGAGAUUUCGCACGCAACAGUAGAUGCAGAUGAACCCUUAGAUGAGCCUGAUUCAUCAGACGUUGACUCCGAUGAGGACGACACUGCAGCACUAAUGGCCGAACUGGAAAGGAUUAAGAAGGAGCGCGCGGACGAGAAAGCUGCAAGAGAGGAAGAGGAGAAGAAACGUGAAGAAAAGAUUAGAAUGGAUAAUAUCCUUUCUGGCAAUCCAUUAUUAAAUAUAGCCGAAUCUGGGUCUUCAUCUUCGAAUGGUGGCGAGUUCAAAGUCAAGCGACGAUGGGACGAUGAUGUUGUUUUCAAAAAUUGUGCGAAAGGUCUCGAUGAGCGACGGAAGGAACCCUCAUUCAUAAAUGAUGCAAUCCGUUCAGAAUUCCACAAGAAAUUCAUGGAUAAAUACAUUAAAUGA